ACUACUGGAUCCUCCACCAUAGCAUCCAGACGAUCCUCCACUGCUUCCACCUCCUCCAAUGAUACUUUUGGAUCCUGAGUAUCCACCACUGCUGUAUCCUCCUCCCAUGCCAUACCUGAGGAGCCUCCACUGCAGCAUCCUGAGGAUCCCCCACUGCUCCCACCUCCUGUAAUUAUGAUCUUGCCACCUGAAGACCCUCCACUGCUGGAUCCUCCACCACUACUGGAUCCUCCACCACAGCAUCCAGACGAUCCUCCACUGCUUCCACCUCCUCCAAUGAUGCUCUUGGAUCCUGAAGCCUCCUCCAAUAAUGCAGAUGGAUCCUUGGCCCUGGUGACCAGAACCACCCCCACCUCCUCCACCACUUCCUCCUCCAAUGCAGAUGGGUCCUUGGCCCUGAUGGCUGGAACCACCUCCUCCUCCUCCUCCUCCACCUCCAAUGCAGAUGGGUCCUUGGCCCUGGUAGCCAGAACCACCUCCACCUCCUCCACCUCCACCUCCACCAAUGCAGAUGGGUCCUUGGCCCUGGUAGCCAGAACCACCUCCACCACUUCCACCUUCACCUCCACUAAUACAGAUGGGUCCUUGGCUCUGGUGGCUGGAACCACCUCCACCUCCUCCUCCUCCACCUCCACCAAUGCAAAUGGGUCCCUGGCUUUGGUGACCAGAACCACCUCCACCACCUCCUCCUCCACCUCCACCAAUGCAGAUGGGUCCCUGGCUUUGGUGACCAGAACCACCUCCACCUCCUUUUCCUCCACCUCCUCCUCCUCCUCCUCCUCCACCAAUACAGAUGGGACCCUGGCUUUGUUGGCUAGAACUACCUCCUCCUCCACCUCCACCAAUGCAGAUGGGUCCCUGGCUUUGGUAACCAGAACCAUCUCCACCUCCUUUUCCUCCACCUCCUCCUCCUCCUCCUCCUCCACCAAUACAGAUGGGACCCUGGCUUUGUUGGCUAGAACUACCUCCUCCUCCACCUCCUCCAAUGCAGAUGGGUCCUUGGCCCUGGUGGCCAGAACCACCUCCCCCUCCUCCUCCUCCACCUCCACCUCCACCAAUGCAGAUGGGUCCUUGGCCUUGAUGGCUGGAACCACCUCCUCCUCCUCCUCCACCUCCACCAAUGCAGAUGGGUCCUUGACCUUGAUGGCUGGAACCACCUCCUCCUCCUCCUCCACCUCCACCUCCACCGAUGCAGAU